CUGUGUAAAAUUAUAUCUUCUCAAUUUAACAGUUUUUAGUAGGUUUUCUAGUUAGAAGUUUUUUUAGAGUUUCAUAGUGAAUUAGUGGCAAGUUUUAUACAAAAAAGAAUUGGAAAAUAUUCUACCUCACUUUAAAGAUGACGUCUCUUACUAAAGGAAUAUUUAUUGUAGCAGCUAAACGUACUCCUUUCGGGACAUAUGGUGGGAAAUUUGUUAAGACAAGUGCCCUAGAACUACAGGAAGUUGCAGCAAAAUCGGCUCUCACCUCUGCCAAUAUAAAACCGGAAAUUGUGGACUCUGUGGUGAUAGGCAAUGUGCUGGCUAAUACCUCUUCAGACUCCAUCUUUCUUCCUCGUCAUCUUCUCCUACGGUGUGGGAUCAGUUUAGACAAGCCUGCCCUAGGAGUGAACAGACUUUGUGGUUCUGGCUUCCAAGCUGUAGUCAAUGGUGCUCAGAACAUUCUCUGUGGAGACUCGCAAGUAGUGUUGACAGGUGGGGUGGAUAACAUGAGCCAGGCGCCCCACGCUGUUCGGAACAUCAGGUUUGGUGUGCCUCUUGGUUCUACUCCUGAAUUGGAGGACACACUGUGGGUGGGGCUGACCGACACCUACUGCAAGCUGCCGAUGGCUCUCACUGCAGAAAAGCUUGCUUCUCAGUACAAGAUAUCUCGCGGAGAGGUUGACCAGUUUGCACUUAGAUCACAGACACUGUGGAAGAAAGCUCAUGAUGCUGGGGUAUUCAAGGCUGAACUGGCCCCAGUGACAGUGGUCCAGAAGAAGAAGGAAGUUGUUGUGGAUGUUGACGAGCAUCCAAAGCCUCAGACCACUCUUGAGGUGCUUGGCAAACUCCCAUUGGUCUUCAAGAAAGAUGGUGUUGUGACAGCGGGUUCUGCUUCAGGCAUCUGUGACGGUGCGGGAGCAGUGGUGUUGGCGAGUGAGGAGGCCUGCAAACAGCAUGGACUGACACCACUGGCUAGACUUGUGGGCUACUCAGUGGUAGGAGUUGAGCCGAGCAUCAUGGGUAUUGGACCGGCCCCCGCCAUUCAGAACCUGCUCAAGGCGGCUGGCAAAUCACUCAAUGAUAUUGACUUAGUUGAGAUCAAUGAGGCAUUUGGUGCCCAAACUUUGGCAUGCCAGAAGGAGUUAAAGCUGGACAUUGAGAAGCUUAAUUUAAAUGGAGGAGCCAUUGCUCUAGGGCACCCUCUCGCAGCCUCUGGGGCCAGGAUCACGGGUCAUCUCGUUCAUGAGCUCAGGAGACGUAAGGCCAAGCUUGGGAUUGGCUCUGCUUGUAUUGGAGGAGGUCAAGGAAUCGCACUCCUCCUCGAGUCUGUCUGAACGUUACAGUUGAUUAAUACUGCACAAGACUGAACCUCUACAACAUAGCUUAUAAGAAGGUUAUUGUUAUUUAUAUUGUUGCAGAGUAUUAUGUUUAAGGUAACAAGCACUGUUCAAAAUAUUGAUUUACAAGAGAAAACCUUUUUUAUGAGAAUUAAU